CCUUUUUAACUGCAAAAAAAAAAAGUCUCCAACGAUUCCAAGUAUACAUAAAAAUAUCUUCCCCAAAUCACAGAGAAUUUUCUUUUUUUUUGCACAAUUGUCCCUGAAAAUGGAGUUGCAGAGAGGAUUUCCUCUCUUGGCGCAACAGUACAAAGCUCUGUUUUUUAAGAAUCUGCUGCUCUCAUGGCGGAACAAGCGGUCCACGUUCCUCCAGCUCUUCUCAUCGAUCUUCUUCAUCCUGCUCCUCUUCUUCAUCCAGAAAGCGGUCGAGUCUCGCUACGGAUCGUCUUCUUCCUUCCAGAACGACGCCGACCCGUCGCCGCUGGUGGCGCCGCCGAUUCCGCCGUGCGAGGAUAAGUACUACACCAAAUUGCCGUGCUUUGACUUUGUGUGGAGCGGGAGUGGCAAUGCGAGAAUUGAGGAAAUUGUGCGGAGGAUUAGGGUUAACAAUCCCGGCAGGCCCAUUCCUGAGGACAGGGUUAUAUCGUUCAAAACAAGAAAUGAAACAGACGAUUGGCUUGCAAGCAAUCCUAUGUAUUGUCCUGGUGCUCUCCAUUUCAUAGACAGAAACGCUACCGUAAUAAGCUAUGGGGUACAGACUAAUUCUACUCCAGUUGCUAAGCGAGGAAAUUUUCAAGAUCCAACUUUAACAUUUCAAAUUCCUCUUCAACUUGCUGCAGAGCGCGAGAUUGCAAGAACUUUAAUUGGCGAUCCCAGCUUUAGUUGGGUCGUAAGUCUAAAGGAAUUUGCCCACCCUGCACUUGAAAUCUUUUCUGCUGUACAAACAGCAGGACCGACAUUUUUCCUGGCUAUUGCCAUGUUUUCUUUUGUCUUCCAAAUCAGUGCUUUGAUUACAGAGAAAGAACUUAAACUUCGUCAGGCCAUGACAAUGAUGGGUCUUUACGACACAGCAUAUUGGCUAUCGUGGUUCACUUGGGAGGGAAUAAUGACGUUUCUUUCAUCGCUUCUCACAGUACUCUUCGGAAUGAUGUUCCAAUUCGAUUUCUUUCUGCACAACAAUUUUGCUAUUGUCUUCCUCUUGUUUUUCCUUUUCCAAUUGAAUAUGACUGGGUUCGCGUUUAUGCUGUCUGCCUUCAUUAACAAGUCUUCCUCGUCCACCACUGUGGGAUACUCAAUCUUUAUCAUUGGUUUCAUUACUCAGCUUGUUACAUUAUUUGGAUUUCCUUACAGUCAGAGCUUCUCAAAGACGUACCGAAGUGUGUGGUCACUCUUUCCGCCUAAUCUUCUUGCUGCAGGUUUGAACUUGCUUUCCGAUGCAACUUCAACUCCUCAAGAUCCUGGUAUUAGUUGGAGUGGAAGAAUGAAAUGUGCGCCAAAUGAUGUAGAGUGCGUCAUAAAAAUUAAUGAUAUUUACAUAUGGCUUAUCUCGACAGCCAUUGUGUGGUUUAUUCUGGCCAUCUACUUUGACAAUAUUUUGGCGAAUACAUCUGGUGUGAGGAAAUCGGUGUUCUACUUUUUGAAUCCUGGCUACUGGACUGGCAAAGGUGGUAACAAGUUGAAAGAGGGAAGCAUUUGCAGUUGUUUGAGUUCAAUUCCACCUCUGGAAAAUAUUGUUCCCGAUGAUGAGGACGUACAAGAAGAGGAAAGCAAAGUGAAACAGCAAGCCACAGAAGGCACUGUCGAUUCAAAUAUUGCAGUUCAAAUACGUGGUCUUGUUAAAACUUAUGCUGGUGCAACAAAUAUUGGUUGCUGCAAAUGCAAGAGGACCCCACCUUACCAUGCUCUCAAGGGCAUAUGGCUGAACUUUCCCAAAGAUCAGCUCUUUUGCCUUCUUGGACCCAACGGAGCUGGGAAAACUACUGCUAUUAGUUGUUUGACUGGAAUUACACCCGUCACUGGUGGAGAUGCUUUAAUUCAUGGCUAUUCCAUCCGAAGCUCUACUGGAAUGUCGAACAUUCGCAAAAUGAUAGGUGUUUGUCCGCAGUUUGAUGUCCUGUGGGAUGCAUUAUCUGGUCAAGAGCACCUCUACCUGUUUGCCAGCAUUAAGGGCCUAAACCCUGCUUCGGUUGAUUCAGUUGUAGAGAAAUUAUUAACAGAAGUAAAACUCACCGAGGCAGCCAAAGUGAGAUCGUGUAGCUAUAGUGGGGGAAUGAAACGUCGCCUCAGUGUUGCUAUUGCCCUAAUUGGUGAACCGAAAUUAGUUAUUUUGGAUGAGCCGACCACAGGUAUGGAUCCAAUAACUCGAAGACAUGUAUGGGAUGUUAUCGAAGGUGCUAAAAAGGGGCGUGCAAUUAUUCUAACAACUCAUUCUAUGGAAGAGGCCGACAUCUUAAGUGACAGAAUCGCAAUUAUGGCAAAAGGCAGGCUUCGCUGUAUUGGAACUUCAAUAAGGCUGAAAUCAAGAUUCGGAACAGGUUUUAUCGCUAAUAUAAGCUUUGCUGGAGAUGUUAAUGGUACCCCCGAAAGAGGAGAUAAUACUUCCUCGACUACAGCUCAACACGUAGUUGUCAAAGAUUUCUUUAAAUCGCAUUUGGAUGUUGUACCUAAAGAAGAGAGCAAGUCGUUCCUCACCUUUGUUAUCCCCCAUGAAAAGGAGAAGCUAUUGAAGAACUUCUUCGCUGAGCUUCAGGAGAGAGAGAAGGAAUUUGGUAUAGCAGAUAUCCAACUUGGCCUAACAACUUUAGAAGAAGUUUUUCUGAAUAUAGCGAAAAAGGCAGAGUUGGAAAGUGCAGCGGCUGAGGGAGUUUUUGCAACCCUUGUUCUCAACUCUGGAGCUUCAGUUGAAAUACCUAUUGGAGCAAGGUAUGUUGGAAUACCAGGGACGGAAUCGUCAGAAAAUGGUAGAGGCAUAAUGGUGGAGGUAUAUUGGCAGCAAGAUGAUUCCGGUUCGCUUUGCAUCUCCGGUUAUUCAGAGUCGAUUCCUAUACCAUCACAUGUUGACCUGCCACCACCUACAUCUUCCACUCCUCAUGGAAGAAAUCGACAGCUUCGUGGAAUUGUGAUUGAUCCUUCGCAGAUUCUUGAUUCCGAUUUGCGAUGAUUCGAUUCUUGGAAGCUACUACAAAAAUUGUGUAAAUUUGUUAAAUUUAAUAUUGCUGUGAUUUUUUUGUCAAUUGAAGAAUUCUUGGGUUUACAAAUCAUUUUUUGUGUCUUGUGUAGAAAGAAAUGGAUUUGUGUACAUUUUUAUUUUUUUGUUCUAUAGUUGUGAAUUUUGGGUUCAGAGAAUAAAAGUGAAUGUAUUUGGCUUACACUGUUCUUA